UCAGUGACAAUUCGCAGGUUUUUCAGCCUUACGUGUUGAGAACCCGCAGGAACAGUACGACCGUUAUGAACCGUCACAGUAUGAAAAUGCAGGUGACUGAAGGUAGGCUGCCUGGGGACUGAUUUGCGAUUAAGCAGAGUGGAUGUUUGUUUUUUUCCAGUUGCUGUCGUCCUCUCCUAUUCGUAUUCCUAGCAGCCGACUUCAUCAAAUCAGAAGGGAGGAGGGAGUUGACUUAAUGAACAGAGAAACAGCACAUGAAAGGGAAGUGCAAACAGCAAUGCAGAUAAGCCAGUCAUGGGAGGAAAGCUUGAGCCUGAGUGACAAUGACUUUGACAAGUCUGAGAAAUCUUCCUCCCCAAAGAGAAUUGACUUCAUCCCAGUUUCCCCAGCACCUUCACCCACCAGGGGAAUAGGAAAGCAAUGUUUUUCACCAUCCUUACAAAUGUUUGUGAGUAGUAAUGGAUUGCCUCCAAGUCCUAUUCCCAGUCCAACAAGGCGAUUCUCAAACAGGAGGAGUCAGAGUCCAAUCAACUGCAUCAGACCCAGUGUUCUUGGUCCCAUUAAAAGGAAAGGCGAAAUGGAAACUGAAAGUCAGCCAAAGAGACUCUUCCAAGGAACUACCAACAUGCUUUCUCCUGAUGUGACGCAUCUGACUGAUCUCAGUUCAUGCCUAUCUUCUGAUAUUCUUGAUGGGAGUAGCAGCAGUGUUGGCUCUUCCUCUGAUUCACUAGCUAAAGGCAGCAUUACUACAGAAUCUCCAGUAACAUGCUCAAACUCAUGCUCAUCAUUCAUUCUGAUGGAUGAUCUCUCACCUAAGUGACUUAAUCAGUUCUGAGUCAGUGUUUGGCUGUGCUUUUUCCUUGCUGUACAUUUGUACAGAGAGAUGAACUCUGAUCCUUGAACCAUUGACAGGAGGAUUAAAAUACUACAUGGAAAACUAUUCUAACUGUAUUCCUUGGCAACUCUUCUCAGUUUUGAUUUAUCCAUUUAAUGGACAUGCAUAGACCAUUUUAAUGUCUGGUUUUGCUGAUUUUAUUUUACAAACAAGAUGUAUGUUCAGACUAUACUAACUUUGUUUGCUUCCAAAAAGCCUGCAUACGCUUCUAGAUUUCCAAAUAAGCACCUACAUCUGUGUGUUUAAUUUCCAGGAAAGUAACCGCCUGGUGUCACUUAUCACAGUCACUUUAGUUGGAGAAAUACUUGGUGGUUGCAAAAAUAUAUAUUUUUUUGGAAAUCCUCAUUUUUCAAGAGCAAUUUUUAGAAGUAAUUGAGAUUGAUUACUGUACAUUUUUAUUUCUCAAAAAUAAAUUACUUUUAUGUGGGAGGGAUGUAUAUCCUAUUUCCCCAACUAAGUCGGUGACAAAUUAUUCUCCCCACUUUUUCAGCCACUACCAGCCAUUUCUCCUGCAGAAAGAAGGAAAUGUUUGUGCUUUCUUCUACUGCUACUUGUCAUUUUUACAGCAGUUGAACACUAUGGUUCUAGAAGUUGCUUUCUUUGUAUUAAAAAAACAAACCAAAACCCAUCCUCUAGGGUGACGAGCACAUCUUUUCAGUAGAGGAAAUACCGACUCCCUGUGAAACAUGGUUAACACAGCUGCAUAGUUCUCUCCCCAGACCCUUCAUCCUACAGACUGUAUAAAAUAUGGUCAACAAUCAGACAUUUGGCCAAGGAGAAAUAAUUCCUGCCUUGAACUAAGACUUAUGGUGCAAGUAACCAAGUUACUUAAACUACUGUGUAGAAGAAUGUGUGUGGCGCCAUCAAUGUCUCCUGUGGCAUUGAGGCCAUAGGUAUUUUUGUGCCUUAGGGGACAUUGCUACAAAAUUAAGGAAUGUAAACUAGAGGGGUGGGCGGGCAAAGGAUUUUGUGUAUAGAUUGUGUAUGGAGUGCAUACCAGAUGUUGUCUUCAGUGCUGCUUUUCCUUAGUGCUCCUUUCCAAGGUGUGCAUUCCAGCGAGAGGUGCGGUCAGUGGUCCCAAUCACUCUGAAACAGUGGCAUGUUUGCUACCCUUGAAGCUGCUGCUCAGCUUUAUGCCUUUGUUGCCCGGCAGAGGGCAGACAACUGAGUUAAUGUUGAUUUCUGGGGGAAGGCCCUUGAGGUUGGAUUGGAUCCUGACUCUGCAUACUGUGUGUCUAAGGAGUUACGUGUGAGCUACAAGAGGUCUUGAUACAACACCUCGGUCAGCCGAGGUAAGACGAUAGACAUUUACUUUUUAAAGACUCAAGUGGGCUAAAAAUAAAUCCAUUUGUAAUCUACUGUGUUAUGCUAUUUAUUAUUUAUAACUAUGUAAAAAAAGUCUGUGGUGAUGACUUAUAGUAUUUUUUUAUGAUUGAAUGAGUUUUUUAUGUUCAGUAAUAAUUGCUGGCUGGUCUGUAUUUAAUAUGCAACAUUGUCUGCCAGAAUCAUAAGCUUCCAUUUUUGAAUGUGUGUAAGUCAAAUGCUUUGUGUUCUCCAAAAGUACAAUUUCUGAUAAUUUUUUUUUUUUUUAAAGAAAAUAGCACUGAAUUUAAAGUAAGAUUAUGUGCUUUAAAGAUGAGCACAAUCUCUGGCAAUACUGUCUGGCUAAGAAGCAGAGGGUGAGAACCAUACUUUGUUUGUUUGUUCUGAAGAUGGUGUUUAGUUUCCAGUAGCCUUGUCAUACAUAACAUUUUAUUUUUAGAAGUGUUUAUUUUAAAUUGUAACAAGUACCAUAAUGAGCCAGUAGUGGCACUAUUAUCUGUAUUACCAUUUUCACCUGUGGAGCAUUAGUUUUCCCCACCUCAAAUAAAUGUGCAUAUUGUAAAAUAUUGUCCAGUGGUGCCAUUUUUAAACAAGUUCUACAGUAUUCACUGUUAAUUUUAUUUGUAUAUGCACAGUGCUAUUUCUUGCAUUUUGGCUGUACCUUAGAUUGCUUUAACUUUUUUUUUUUUAAUUCACACUCGUACUUCAUCUCUGCCUUCAUUAUGUGUUAAAAGAAGGCUGCUUUUACAUUUGCAAAGUACUGAUAGUCUGUGAAAGUUCAACUUGUUAUCCUUGCCCCUCUUUGGUUUUGCCAUACUUUUAUUAGGACUGUGACUUAAAUUUACACAAGGGGCGACAGAACAAGUAACCUUUUGCAUGCUUUCUUACAAUGGAGAAGAACAACACUUGCUUAUUUUGGCUGACUUGCCUGUACAAUUUGAUGUAUUCAAGAUUUGUUUGUUAGUAGUGGGGAGUCUUAUAUAAAAUGCUGGCCUUUGUAAACAUUAGAAUGUAAACUUCAUAAAACAAACGCACAACCA